UCACCUGACUAUGUUCACAGACUACCGAGCCAGAACCGUAACCUGUGCUUUUACAAAAAAUAAAAAAUAACCCAGUUCUACGCAAUACAAUAUUUAAUACUGAGAUGUUGCUGUCUUUUUAAUCCCACCAUUUGAAAGGCUCGUAAAAGACAUUAUCAUCAUCAUCAGUAUUUGACCGGAAGAGAAGGACUCGGUGUUUGACCGACGGGAUACCCGAUAGCUUUAUCGUAGGAGAUUAAUCGACGACAACUUCGAGUUUCGUUUCUAAGCGUUUUAGACGUCUUUCUUCAUCAAUAAUUAGAAACGUUGGUUGUUUAUAUCCAUUUUAUUACUUAUUUCUCGAGCGAGCUGUAAAAUACGCGGCGUAGGGGCGUUACGUAAAAGUGCCGCUAUCCAGGGUGCUGAAUCAAGACCGCGCACAGAAGCUUGCACUAUCUAUAAGAAUCUAUAGACUAAAUUGGACGAUACAUCAAAGUAUAAUAUUGAAGAAUUAAAAAAGAAUACCAAUAUUUUGUGAUAUCUCAUUUACUACAUCAUUUCGUUUUGGUUGGAUGAGAGAAUAAAUCUAAAGUGGCAGUUUUAAAGGGCCAGUUUGUAUCCCGUAUCUUUUUUUGUCGGCUAAUAGCCUAUGCAUUACGGCUGUCCUUCCCUUUUCCCCGGUGAGGUUGAUUCUUGAGGUGGUUGUAUAGACACCAGUGGGAGAAAAUGUCGGGACAGACUCUGACGGAUCGCAUCGCUGCGGCGCAGUACCAGCUCACCGGGUCCGAUGUGGCUCGUGCGGUUUGCAAAGCCACCACGCACGAGGUGAUGGCGCCCAAGAAGAAACAUUUGGAUUAUCUGAUCGCAGCCACCAAUGAGACUAACGUCAACAUCCCUCAGUUGGCUGACACGCUGUUUGAGAGAUCCACCAAUGCCAGCUGGAUUGUCGUGUUUAAAGCCCUCACCACGACCCAUCACAUCUGCAUCUACGGCAAUGAGAGAUUUAUCCAGUAUUUGGCCUCAAGGACUUCCUUGUUCAACCUCAGUAACUUCAUUGACAAAACAGGCUCUCACGGAUAUGACAUGUCGACAUUCAUCAGACGAUUUGCGCGGUACAUGAAUGAGAAGGCGUAUGCUUACCGCGCCAUGGCCUUCGACUUCACCCGGGUUAAAAAGGGAGCUGAGGGUGUGAUGAGGACCAUGGCUCCGGACAAGCUCCUGAAGGCCAUGCCUGCACUGCAGACUCAGAUCGACACACUGCUGGAGUUUGAUGUUCAUCCUAAAGAUUUGAACAACGGGAUCAUAAAUGCAGCCUUCAUGCUUCUCUUUAAGGACCUGAUCAAGCUCUUCGCCUCCUAUAAUGAUGGCAUCAUCAAUUUAUUAGAGAAAUAUUUCAAAAUGAAGAGGUCUGAAUGCAAGGAGUCACUGGAGAUUUACAAGAAGUUUCUGACCCGAGUGACCAAGAUCUCAGAGUUUAUGAAAAUUGCUGAGCAAGUAGGAGUGGACAAGAACGAUAUUCCUGACAUCUCUUAUGCUCCCAGCAGUAUUCUGGAGUCUCUAGAGACACAUAUGAACAGCCUAGAGGGGAAAAAAGGGGAAGGGUCACCUACAAAGGGAUCGCCCACCAACAACGUUUCUCCGACCUCUACCCCCUCCAAAUCUGCUUCUGCUGUCCCCACUCUAGAGCCGCCGCGCGGCGAGGCCACACCCGCUGAGACCACGCCCGCUGCCGAGGCAGCCACCGAUUCCCUGCUGGAUCUAGACCCUUUAUCUUCCUCCGGACCUUCUGCUGGAGGCGCGUCGGCUGCUCCCACAUCUUGGGGAGAUCUGCUGGGGUCAGAUGUGUUUGCGGCCCCUGCGGCUGAAACAGCUGCUGCUAGAGAGGGUGGGGCCACAGUGACCACUUCCACCCCUGCUGCUGACAGUACAUCUGCAACCGACCCAUUUACUCCAGCAACCGGUACUGCCGAAACCUCCCUUCAGUUGGACCUGUUCUCCAUGAAGCCAGUAGAUGACAGUAAUUCCUUCUUUAGCUCAGUGUCACCCCCUUAUGAUCAUACAUCCACUGCUGUCACCACCACCACCACCACCAGUUCCGUAGUCCCUGCUGUCUCCACAGCUCCAACGAUAGACCUGUUUGCUGGUUUUUUUGAUCCCAUGCCAGAUUCAUCUGUUCCCAAAACAGACCCCUCCAGUCUAGAUUUGUUUUCAGCAGAUGUGUUUCGUCCACCCGCCCCUGCUCCAUCUGCCCCCAUGAGCUGGCCAGACAAUGGGGCAAAUCUGGACCUGUUUGGGGACUCCUCAAGUGCAGGUGAGGCCAAACCGGCCACCCAGACUGCUGCGGCUCCAGGAGGAGAUCUGAUGUCAGCUUUCGAUGGAUUGGGGGAUAUGCUCAUGCCAGCCAUGGCCCCCAAGGCGAUGGGGGCCUCACCCAUGACCACCUCGCCAGUCAAGCACAUGGGAGGAGACCUAGACUCAGCGAUGGCCAACAUGGCCAGCAAUCUAGGAGGAAAUCAGAAACCGGGUGAGGCAGCCGGAGGGGCAAACUGGCAAGCACAGGUACCCACCCCUAGCUGGGGCGUUGCCAUGAAUUCCCCUCGUGGGGUCUCUCCUGUCUUGGGAUCCCCGUCACUGUUUGGCAUGCCUGGAGCGGGAGCCCCGCCCAUGAUGCCUGGCUCACCGAUGAUGGCCGGCCAACAACCAAUGAUGAGGCCACAGUUUCCUGCCACAGGAGCCCCUGGACAACAGAUGUCUCCAGGAGUGGCCCAGAGUCCCAGGAGGCCCCCUCCUACUAAAGAUCCCCUCGCUGACCUCAAUAUCAAAGACUUUAUGUAGAUGAAAAGCUUGUCAGAUGUCACACUUAUCGUGCGGCCCUGAUGAAAAAGACGGUGUACUCUCUCUCGUCCGUUCAUCAGUUUCAAGACCCCAGACUCCUCUCUUUCUCUCCCCUUCUGUCUGUUGUUGUAGCACAAACCGUGAACGUGACUAAGUAUGUGUCUGUAUGUGUGUAUGUAUUUCAAUGUUCUCAGUUACUUCAGAUCUAUAUAUUUAAAAAUACUACGAACGUGAAGAGUAACGGCAGAUACAUUCUUGAAUGUGUAUCUGCGGGUUGAUUGAUGUGCAUUCUUUUACUCCUGGCUCACUUUCCAUGGGAAAUCAAAUCAAAAGUGUGAUGUUUUCUGUGGAAAAUGAUUUUUUUUGCCGUGGUAAAUAUGGCUGAGCCGAUUUGUGUCAUCAUCAGUCAAGUGUUACUUAUCGUUUUGUCCAUAGAUCUUCUGUGGGAACACACAAAUGAAUAUCAGUGUAUCACAAGUUAAACUAGCGUCUCAUGCACUGUUUUUUCAAUGCCCUGAUUUGACUUUUUUUUUCAUAUCUAUCGAUUGUGAGUUACAUGCAACAUGUGACUAUUUAAAGAAACUACAUAUGCAUUUUAGAAUAUUUUAAUGACAGAUGGUUUUGAUUAUCAUUAGUCUUUAUUUGGAGAUAAAAAUGUUGACUAUA